AUGGCAUCUUCAAUUGAAUCUCUCUCGCCUGGCUUUUCAUUUACGAAAACUGUCCAUAGAGCUGCCUAUCCCGAGAUCUCGCCCCUCCGGCCGGAGCUCUCACAGGCUGGAAAAACUGUGCUCAUCACCGGUGGCCAUACAGGCAUCGGACUUGCAAUCGCAAGAGCUUUCUCUCAAGCAAGCGCGGAGAGGGUUAUUAUUGUCGCACGACGCCAGAGCGUCGUUGAAUCAGCCGUCUCACGUCUUGGGCUGGAAUUCCAGGAGACGACGGUGAUAGGCCGAGUAUGUGACGUGUCUAAUCUAGAUGCAGUCGACAAUCUGUGGCAGAGCCUAGCCACUGAAGACAUCCACGUUGAUGUCGUGGUACUAAAUGCAGCGAAACUGUCGGCGCAGCCAAUUCUCAACGUGGGCAGGGAUGCUGUCUGGGGCGAAUACUUGUUAAACACAAGAGUUAACCUUGACUUCACGGAGCGGCUUUAUAAGCAGCUAAAUUCCAAAGGCCGUCAGAAGGUUCUAAUCAACUUGAGCUCGAUGGCUAUCCACGAUACUCGUCUAACCGGCAACCAGCCCAGCUAUGGUGCAAGCAAAAGCGCAGGAACAAUGCUGCUGCAACGGAUUGCGAAGGAUGUUUCACCUGAGGACUUGCAGAUUAUCAGCUAUCACCCUGGUGGCGUUUAUACGGAGCUGGCGGAAGCCGCUGGAAUCAGUCGAGAUGAGCACCAGUGGGACGACGAGGACUUACCCGGACAAUUUGCUGUCUGGGCAGCAUCAGAUGAGGCGAAAUUCCUCCACGGUAGAUUCGUAUGGGCAAAGUGGGACGUAACCGAGUUGCGUAAGGGGCCACUUCGUGAGCGCAUUGACAACGAUACGGAAUUUCUCAGAGUGGGUGUUAUCGGACUUGAAAGCUGGAAGGAUGGGAAUGUGGCGGCUUAA